GCGCCAUGUCCAAGGUGCUCAGUCCACACAAGCAGCAGACGGUGUCGCGCCAUCGGCCACGCCCACGCUUGCGCCAAAUGGGCGGGGAUGGGGGUGGGGGCGGUGACAUGGAGGCAGAUGUAGUGGAUGUGGAUAUGGUGAGCAUGGAUCUGGACACACUUGACUAUACAAGUGGCAGCUCGAUCAUUGAGUUUCUGGCCAAGGAACAGGAUUGCAGCAUCGAGCCCGCUGAUCCGGACACCAUAUUCCAGGAGGUUAAUCGCCUCUCAGACAACACCGACAUGCGCUCCGUGGAUGAGCUGCUGCUGGAAGCAGAGCGUCUCAUACAACAACAGCUGCGACUGGGCGCCGCUGACGGAGAUGCCAACGGCAAUAAUGAUGUGCAGCUUAAGCCGAGCUCCCAAUUGGAUCGGCAGACGCCCUCGUCCUCGUCGCCACAGUCGUUGUCAUCGCCACAGAACAGCAUCAAGCUGAACACGCGCUACACGCGCUCCAUUGAGCAUGUCAAUAUCAAUGUGAAUAAGUCUAGUUCCCAACCCAACUCAAGCAAGCCAAAGUCCUUAUCCCCCAAGCAGACUAAAGGGCAGGAGCAAGCCCAGACGCCACAGGAGCUAAGCAACAGUGGCAACUUCGUGGCGUUUGUCGAGAACCUGCCCUCGGAAUCGGUCAUCUCCGAGGAGUCCACGCCCAAGGAUAUGCUUAAUCACACACAGAACGGUCAGGCUAUCGCCCAGUUUCAGCUGGAACACCUCGAUAACACGGACGACGAUGAGGAUACGAUGGAGGAGAUAACUGAAGCGGAGGAUUGUCCACCUUUGACUGCCAACUCGCGACGCAGCUCCUGCCAAGCGACAGGACCUGGUCCGGUUUCAGGCAACAAAUGCUACAAGCCCAUUGCUCCCAUGGCCAGCUAUUGUGAGAAGGCGGUGGGCAGCUCCCCGAAGCAUCUGGUGAGCACAUUGAGCUCCCCAAUUGAGCAGAUUGCCUGCAGUGUGCCGCGGGAGCAUGCGCUCAAGCAUGAGAUUGAGCAGCUGCAGGAGCAGCUGAAGGACACCGAGGAGCGACUCGCCUCGGUGCGAUUGCAGAGCGAAUCGCUGUCACAGACUCAGCGGGCACUGCGGGAGCACAAUGGACGGCUGCAGGACGAGUCCGAGAUGCUCAAGCUGGACGUACAGCAUUUACACGAGUGUGCGGGAGUUCUGCGUGCCGAGCUGCAGUCGGCACGUCGGGAUCGCGAUGAGGCCGUGCAAUUGGAGCGAUCGCUGCGAGCCGAACUGGAGGAGGCGCAACAUGAGCGACGCCAAGCGGCCGAUGUCAAGGAGAAGGAUGCCCGGCUCAUUCAGGAUCUGCAGCGGCAGUGCCGCGAAAUGGAGCGCAUUCUAAUGCGCAAAUAUCCCGAUUCCGUCUCGGCGUUAAUUGUUGCAUCCAAGAAUCCGGGCAUUUGCUCGAUGAAUGACCAGGAGAACUUGAGCAGCCGCAAGCUGUUGGAGCAGCGCAUCGCACAGCUGGAAUCAGAUGCCAAGGAGCAGGAUCGCAAGGCUCAACAGAUUCUGGCCAAUGUGCAGGCACGCUUCAAUUCGGUGCAGGCCAAAUACGAGACGCACAUUGCCGAUUUGGAGACCCAAGUGCUCAGCCUGCAAGAGAUCAACACAAAGCUGAACGAGCAAAUCGAAUCUCAAGUGCGCACACUGGAUCGCUUCAUGCACAAGCGUGCCGAUAGAUACUACAACAACUGCACCCAGACUGACGACCAGGGAGCAGGUGGGGAGCAGCUCCAUUUACCGGGCGACACGAAGGCAACCCAGACGCAGGCGAAUGGAACAAUGCGUGAUCACAGCACCAACACGAUCGGUUGCCCCUCGCCCAGCAUCAUCUGUCAGCAGCAUUUACAGCAGCAACAACAACAGCAACAGCAGCAGCAACAGUUGCACUCGGCCGGCAGCAGCAGCACCAGCAGCACCGCCAAUUCCACACCAAACACAUCGCGUCCCAACUCCAAACAGAGUGGCACUCAAAGACGCAUACCAAUUGGCUCCAAGCUGCCCAUAUCCCAAUCGGACUCGACACUAUCAUUGCUCAGCCAUGGUCAGGGUCAGUCUCAGUCUCAGACUCAGACUCUAGGUCACAAGGAGGAGACACAACUGCUGAGCUCAGUGCGCAGCAUGCGCGUGGAUUUGGCCAUCAAAAACAAGGCAAUGCAGCGAUUGACCCGUGAGCUGGAUGACUGCAAGAAGACCAUAAGGAAGCUGCAGCGCGAUAAUGGAGCAGCCACUGUCAGUGCAGUAAAAACUCUUGGCAGUGGCUUGUCUGCCAGUGGAAGCAGCAGUCAGCGCUUUAGUCAUAGCCAACAUUACCAGGAUCAUGUGCCUCCCACCACAGAAAACCAGGCCCUGAAGGAGGCUCAAAACAAGUACCACCUGCUGGAGGCUGACUAUAAAACGCUACACGAUAAGCGAUUGCAUGAUCUGAAGACAUUGCAAAGUGCCCAUGAGCGUGAGCUGGCGUCGUGCAACGAAGCGGUUCGCAUAUUGCAGCAGCGUCUCAAUGAACGCGAGGAGGCAUUUGCCACACAAAAGCGCCGCAAGGUGCCAGUCGAUUAUUACGCACUCAAAGCCAAGGUUUCACUCCUGGAGCGUCGUCAUUCGGAGCGGGAAGAGCGAUUGCAUAUGCUUGUUGAGGCACUCAGCAAGGGAAGACUCAAUGGUGCACUGGAGGAUAUGCUGCAAGAGAAUAACAACAAAUAGAAUACCAUACUAAAUGUAAUUAAGUUGAAUACAAAGUUGUGUGACUGAUAGAAGAGUUGAGUACUUUAUGAAUAAGUAUCCAUACUCAAUUAUGUUAAACGCGAAUCAUUGGAUUUAAAUCAAAGCAAAUCAUAUUUUAAUGAUUCUUCUGUUAUUCGUACUGUACUGAUAAGUUACCCAAUUACCAAAUUUCACUUGUGUUGAACAAUUCAUAUUUUUAUAAAUGUAUUCAGGUACUCGUUAUUCAGAAUUCGAGUACUCGCAAAUAGUUCAAACGCAUGCGAAUUCCAGCCAAAUUGUAUUUUUUUUUUAGCUUGAUCUCAAAUAAAAGGCACAAUUGUAUGCCAAAGACAAAAGAUAUAUAUGCGCAUGAUCCGGCCGAAAAGUUUAUAUGUUAUAAGAAGAGAAAAAAUGUUGUAAGCCCGAACUCCAUAAAUAUUGGACGUAUUCUAGAUAGUUUAACAAUUUAAUUGGAGUAAACAUUGAAUUCAGUCAAUUUCAAAUAGGACUUGAACUGAUGGGAGGAGGUAUUACCUUCUUCUUGCUCACCAUAAUUGUUUGUAAAUAUUGCGCCACUGUUGAGUAGCAAAUAGAGUUCAAGUGGUUUGAGAAAUCAGUUGUGUUUUGGGCAUGCAAUUCAAA